GUUGAGAACGAAGAACUGUCGCGCGGGCUAGCGAAACAUAACUUCACAAAACUUCUUAGCGUGUACUCAGAAAAAAUAGAAAUACCAGUAAACUAUAACGUAUUUAUCGUUUUUGUGGGAUAAACUGUUCGGUAACAACAUUCUGUGAAUAGUUUGCAUAAAAGAAAUAAAUGAUUCAAAACGAAUGUAGUGCAGUUAGAAUAUACUUUAUUACGGUACUUCUCUUGAUUAUCAACGGCAAAAAGCGAACAUGGAUGGACUUCGUUGGACGAGUGUUUUGUUACAAUGGGUUAAGGAUUCAAAACUAGUGAGCUGUGAACAAGAAAAUAUCGAACAAUGCAGCGUUGACGAUUUUUACCAACAGUUCCGGGAUCGGAUGCAAACUACACUAGCAGUCAAAGAAGCGAACAUCAUAGAUUUCCUCAAGGAACAUUUUCCGCAUUAUGAACUCUAUCUAACCGAAAGUGGUCAGAUUGCAGCACCAGAUCAUUUCUACAUAUUCUCUUUACUGCUGUACUUUUCCUGCGUUCGCCACCCGGAGCGCUUCUUCCAGUUGAUUUGCAAUGGUUUUGACAAACCGAAGCAAUACGCCGUCACGGGUUUCCUCAAAUUUAUGCACGAGGGAAACCAUCUGCGGAAAGAAAUCGAUCGCACAAUGAUUCGGAAGGCGAUCCAGGAUGCGAUGCCGAAAGCGAUGAUGCCACCCUCGCCACCCCAACCAAGCUUGCAGCAGCUUUCACAGUCUUCCCGAUUAACUUCAUCCGACAUUCCGGACAGCCCGCUCAGGCUGAACAGCCGACUACAAAGGAUUUCACCUCCUACGCCCAAAACCAUUAUACUGGACGAACGAACGAGACAGUUGAAGGAGCUGAAAGCGCAGCUCGAGGCCGAGCGUUACGAGAAGGGAUACCUUGAGGUGCAGCUGAAGCAGCUGCAGGAUAAGAACGAUAAGUUUCUGGAAGACAAACGAAAAUACCUCAAGGAGAUCCGGGAACUGAAGGCCGAACUGCAAACUUGCAAUCGAGAGAAUGAGUCGCCUAACAAGCAGCGGGGUGCCGAUCACAAGCUGUCCCGCAUCGAACGGCAGCUAGCGGAGAAGGAGGCAGCUCUCGAUCAGCUUAAGGUCGAGCUGGAAACGGUCAGCGAAAACAAUAAGAAUGCGACAGAGAUGAUUAACUAUCGAAAUACACAAAUUGUGAAGCUGAAGGAUAAAAUCCAGGAACAGGAAGCAUCGAUUGUUACCCUAUCGGAGUGCGUCGAGGAGAAAGAGUUGAUGAUAAAAUAUCUGCGCGAAAGCAAUGAUGAUCUGCAGAAUUUUAUCAAAGAAAACCGGCUGGAGCGCGACAAUACUGUGGCAACGGAUACUCUGAACACCUCCUUUGAGUGCUUGGAGUUGAACUCGGCGACGAGCAGCAGUUGUGGGACGGGCGGCAAAUUUUACAGCCCCGAGAAUAUGGCCACAGUUGUGGUGGAUGUGCAGUUGAAGGAGAAAGAGGCGGAAAAUGAUCUGCUGAAACGAUCGCUGGAAGCGAUCGAGCAGGAGAAAGUGCGUGUUUCCGGCCUAGUCGGGCAUUUUUUCCGACUGUACGGUGAUAUUGUCGGGAAGCUGCCAGAGGGGGUGGAGAAUCCGUAUGAAGUUGCAUUCGCGAAUAAGAUGAAUAUUUUCAAGUCUUGCUACGAGACGUUGUUCGAGGAGUAUGGCAAAUUUAAGGAGAGCAAGGGAGCGCUUGAAGUACAGAACGGAGCUCUCGAGGAAAAUGUUCGGCAGCUUAAGACGGAAGUGAUUGCCAUAUCGGGGGUUUUAAGAAAGCUAGAAUGUCAUUCGGCGGAAAUUGAAAAGGAUUUAGCGUUUGUUAAGCAGACCGCAAACGAAUAUCAGCAACAUAAUGCAACGAUGGAGGAGGAGUUGCGAAGGCAAAAGGUGGAUUUUUUGAAGCUGAUUUCGGAGAAAGAUUCUCUACAUAAGAGCUACCAGGACCUAAAAGAGGAACGGGAAUCGUUGAGUCAACAAAAUCUUACCAUGAACGUGGAGCUGAAUAGUUUGAGGGGUGACCACGAAUCGAUUAUGCGACAAAUAGAUUAUCUGAUGGUGUCCAUCAAUGAGGACUACGAAGGAAGUGACUUUUCGUCGUGGUUUGAAAAGAUGGACGAUCUGAAGGAUCGGCUGAGUUCGUUGAAAGAGGACAAGGAACGACUGACGGCAAUCAAUAUGAAAAUCAUGGUAGAGAAAAUCGCUCUGGAGAAGGAAAUCAGUAACGGUGAGAUGGCCCGACAGCUACUGCUGGACGAACAGUCAAAGGCAAAUAGAAUGGUCGGUGAUCUCAACGAACAAACAAAGCUCCUUCAGGCUGAGUUGGACGAAAAAAAUCGAAACAUUCUCGCACUACAAAAUAUGAAAACCGAUCUGGAAAUUAAUGUUCAGAACCUAUGUGAGGAACUUUUGGAAGUUCAGGGAGUGCUGAAGAAAACUGAAGAGAUGUUCGAGCUCGGCCAAAAAGAUCUGCAGUCCAACAGAAAACAGUUGCAAAUAUGUGAAAAAGAACUUGCGACGGCUAAAGACACCAAUAGCACGCUUAAUCGCGAACUGGAUGAACAACGGAUACUUGUAAAGCAGUUGGAACGAAUUCAGCAAGAACACGUGGACAAAAAAACGCGAUUUGAAGAUAAGAUCAAAACACUCGAAAAAGAGGUUAAACAAGCUCACAGUGAACUAAAUCAUCUGAAUAAACAACACGAUGAAAUCGUCGAGGAACGAAACCGUUUGAGUGAGGAAAUAAUGUCGAGGGAGGAAAAUUGUGUGAAGCACAACAAAGAUUUCGAGGAAAACUUAACACUCGUCCAAAAGUUGGAGAUGCGAGUACAGGAUCUGCAAGAUUCACUCAACAGAGAAACGGAAAAGGCCGACCGAGAGCGCACUGAGAAGGACCAACUGAAGCUUGAGCUAAAUCAUUUGUUCCUCUCCGGGCUCAAUCUCUUCCAGGACAACAUCACCCGGUUGGAAAGUCAAUAUGUGUCCAAGAUAGAAUUGCUCCGGGACAGGCUAGGUCAGCUGUCGGCUCUGCUAGCGAAACUGUCUGCCCAACAGUACAAACUACGCCUGGAGAAAAACGUCAUAGAGCAAAAUCUAGUGCAGAUGAUGGAGGAGUACGAGUCGAUGCAGGAUAAGAACGAAGCGAUGGAAAAAGACAAGGUAUCACUGCAGCAAGCACUUCUCGAAGUGCAAGCAGAGAAGCGAGCACUUGAAGAACACAAAAUCGAGACGCAAAAUGAGCUAACGGAGAUGAGAGAUAUGCUGGAGACAGAAAGAAAUAAUGUCGAGAAAAUGAAAUCAGAACUCGAGGCACUGCUGGAGGGCAGUUCGAGAGCCAAUGAAGAGCGUGUUAAACGAGAGUUAGAGCUAGAGCACAAGCUGCAUAGCGAAGAAAGUCUUACAGAACAACUUCGAAGAGAAAUCGAUCAGGCGCGUAAGGAUCACACUAACCUGGAGUCACUAGUCGAAGAGAAAACUGAGCAUCUGCAACUUGUUUCGAGUGAACGUGACGAGCUGAACGACAAACGCGCAAAAUUGGAAGUUCGUCUCACAGAAGUACAGGAGGAUCUUGCCAGUCAAAAACAGCUCACAACAGAACGCUCCAACGAAGCGAAACAACUAGAAACUCAGCUGGAAUCGAACCGAGCGGAAUUCGGUCGUCUGAACACCGAAAUAAAUCGUUUAGAGACAGAUCUUGCCCAGUGUCAAUCGAGACUUGUCGAUCAACAGAAAAUAGUAGCGGAGAAAUGUCGUGAUAAAGAGUUGCUCGAGGAGAAGAUCAACGAAUUGGCGACCAAUCUUGCAAAUGUGCGAACGAGCAAGAAACAGCAGCACGAGAGGGCCGAGGAACUCAGCUGUCAGCUCGAAAAGAUGCAGCAAGAUUUGCGAGCAGCAGCCGAUGAGUUUGCUCGAAAGGCGGAACAGCAUGAGCAAUUAGCUUCGAAGCAGACGGCUUUGCUUCACGAACGGGACGAACUUGCAGAACGAGUGGAAGAUAUGACGGAAUCGAUGGCACUUCUCGAAGAAGAUCGAGAUACCCUCCGGGAGGAAAAAUGUCGCCUAGAGGCGGAGGUCGAACGGAUCGACGACGAGAGGGAAGCAUUGGGUGAACAGUGUGGUAAAUUGUUGGGUGAGCUGUCGAAAGAUCGCGCCGCUUCUGCGGAUGCGAGAAAGGUUCAUGAACAGAGUUUAUCAGAUUUGAACCAACUUUGCGGCAAAUUAGAGCGGGAUUCAAACGCCUCCAAACAGCAUCAGGAAAGGCUUGUUGAAAAAAUACGCGACCUGGAACAAACUAAACACACGCUGGAAUCGGCUCUAUCGAGUAAAGGUACAAUCGAAAAUAAGGUAUCCGAACUCUCCCAAAUGUUGGAGGAUCUUCGCUCGGAGAAAUGUCAACUCGAAAGCGAAAGAAGUUCCCUUCUUCAAGAACAGAAAAUGGCGAGGGAAAGGAUAAAUAGCUUAGAGUUGGAGCGGACUCAGUUACGCGAAACAGGCGAACAGUUGAAACAACAAAUCGCAUCUGUUGAAGGUCUCCAUCAUGGCACUGAAAAGGAGUUGGAGAGUAUUACCAACGCACACGUGGCAACAGUGAAGCAAAAUCAAAAUUUGAACAACCAAAUUAAGCAGCUGUCUGAAACGAUUGUUGUCAAUCAAAUUGCGCUGGAUGAGAAGCACCUAGCCAAGGAAAAGAUUCGUGAACAACUGGAGGAGGCACAACAAUCGUUGGAGGUGAAAUCCGAAGAAAUCACUUCAAUAAAACAGCAGUUACUUGAGCGAGGGGAAGAAAUUCAGCGUCUGCGGGAUGAAAGUGAAAAGCGACUUCUUUCGCAAUCACAUUUGCUCGAAAAAGCUGAAACAGAGAAACAAAGCAUUGUUUUGGAGUUGGAAAAAGCGAAGCAAACAAUACUUGAUUUGGAAUCAAAAACAGCUGAGCUAUCCCGCGAUUUGCGGUGUCGUUCAGCUGAUUUCGAGAGUGAGAAAAAAGAAGCUGAGUCGCGAGCGGAGAGAAUCACCGCUAUUUUGGCUUCGUUGGACUCAUCAGAAAAUGCAUGCAAGGAGCUACGAGAACAGCUGCAAACUCUAUCCUCUCUUCAGGAAUCCGCAACAUCACGUGCGUUGGAGUUGCAAAAUGAAAUCGACACCCGAAAAGCAUCGCACGAAUUACAGCAGCAAAACUACGAACAGCUGAAGAAUCGUUACCUUGAACUGAGCACAAGCGAAGGAAGCAUUAAAAAACAACUAGAACAACUUGAAUCUUCCAUCCACUCGAAGGAUUCUGAGCUUGAACUCCUCAAGCAAGAAAUCUCCCAAUUGAAUGCAACCAACCACAAUCUCCAAACCACCGUGGACACGAAGAAUGCGGAAAUCUUGCAGCUCACGGGAGGGCUGGAGAAGAUCAAAACAUUCCAAUCACAGCUGGAGCUGAAGGUUUCCGACUUCGAGUCGGUUGUGGCCGAGAAGGAUGAAAUGGAACUGCACUCGAUAAAGCUACAGAACGAAUUCGAUCUGUUGAGCAGCCGGAAGCUUGCAAUGGCUAGUGAAUUGGAGCAGCUUCGCGUCGACAAGCUUGACGUUGAUCGGCGGUUGCUGCAGCAGUUGCAGGAGUACGAUAAGCUGAACGAGGCACUCCUGGAGGAACGUGAGCUGCGGGAGGGUCUCGAGAAGAAACAACGGGAACUGCAUCAUCGGAUGCAGACCAUAGUGGAGAGCACCAAGUCCGAGCUAGCCUUUAAAGACAAAAAGCUGGCUCAAAAGGAAGAACAAUUGGAAAAAUUGAAACGGAACAUUGAUGAGGGGCUUGGAAAGGAUCAACGUUUGAGUGUGAUGGACUCUGAGCUGACAGCAUUGAAAGCAGAGAACAUCGAACUGCAAGCAGCAAAAGAGAAGCUGCUGGAAGCCGUUGAAGAGAAAGCCAUCCUGGAAAAAUCUAUGCAACAAAAUAUGGAACAUUUAAGAGAAAGCCUCAAAUCAAAGCAGAUCACAAUAGACACCUUGAACUCGGAUGUAUCGAACCAUAAGGAAACUAUGCACACGCUAAAAAUUGAAAAUGGCAAACUCAGAUCGUCCCAGGAAUUGCAGCAAUCCAAGAUACUCAACUUCGAGCUGAAAAUUUCCGAGCAGGCGAAGAAGAUACGCAAGCUGGAGGAAACGCUGAGCAAGACGGAGAUUUGCCACUUGGAGGAUAAUUCGAAGGCAUCCACACUGCUGCAGGAACUCGAGCAGUACAAAGAGUACCAAGCCAAGGUACAAGAGCUGGAGGAACUCCACCAGAAGGAGCGGGAAAUCAACAAAAAAUGCAUGCUGGACAACGAUAUUUUGAAGGCGAAGCUCAUAAAGCACCGCAAGAUGAGCGAGGACAGUGAGCAGCAGUUCAACCGCGAGCGGUUGCAGUUGUUGGAGAAGGUCAAGGGUGCAAACAAGGACGCCGAGGAGAAGAUGAAGGAAAUUCGCAUUGAAUACGAGGCCAAGCUGGAAAAGAUGAAGGAUAAAAUGAAAUCGUUAUACGCGGAGGAAAUGCAAAAAACCACCCGAAAACACGAGAAGGACUUGUUGGAGUUGAGGGCUGAAAUACAGCAAGAAACAAAAAAGUUCGAUAAAAUGGAAAUACACUCCAAGAAGCUACAGCAACAAUUAAGCAUCCUGAACGAGAAGAAUCUGGAAGUAUUGCGGGAGAACGAAUACAUGAAAUCAAAACUUCGCGUCAUGGAAGAAAUUCGAGAGGAACGGAAAUCCAUGCUACCGCCGCCCCCUGCCCAUGCCCGACUAGACAAAUCAAAUUCUCCAGGUCCCAGUCUUAAGAUGGAGGACGAGGAAGGUGAGAUUUUCAACAACACGUACCUUACGGAUCUCAAAACCGGCCGGAUGUCGCCACCCUUCACCGGACGUGAUUCCAUUCGGUACUCGGAAUUAGUGCAACGCAACUCGAUGGUUCUGCCGCAUCUGAGGAGUAGCUAUCUGCCGCAAUACGUUGACGAAGAGCUGACUGACGAUGAUAUUCGCGAUGCAGCCUCAGCUAAUUUGGACGAUAGCAGUACGAGCUUGAUUGCACGCAAGAAAGUAGGCGGCACAACGUCCUACAAACGACCUGGCCCUCCCACGCCCAGCAAGAAAGCGGGACGCCUUUCGUUCGGGGGGUCGCUCCCAACGAAUGAUUUCCAGUACAAGGAAUUUCAGAAGGAUAAUACUAACGGUGCAUCAUCGAAUGGAGGAGCUACUCUGAGCAGUCGAUUAAGUUUCGGCGGUCGAAAAAGUAUUGUUGACUCGACGAAUGCUGCCAGUAACAAUAGUGGUGGUGGCAGUAGCAUGACACUGGCAGAGAUGAACGCCCGCAAGAAAACGCCUGGCAAGUUCAAGCAAAUGUUCAGCUCUUCGAAUCUGCUCAACACGCUUCACAAGGACGAGACCCCAGCCAAACGUGAGCUGUCAUCGACGAAACUGCAACAGCCGUCUAUUGUGAAAAUCAACUGCGGAGACGACGAUAGGGAUUCGAUGAGUUUCGCAGCAGAGGAGAAGCGAGCCCGAUUCCGAUCCAAGCGGGAUUCUACCCCAGUUCGGGCGUUGAAGGAGAAGCGUACUACCAGCCAGCUGCGCAAGGCGGUCAUUCGAUUCGAUAAGAAUCGCCGUUUGAGCAGUGUCGAGAGUGACAGUCCCGCCGGUAGCCCACGAGUUAGCGGUGAUCCAUACGGUGGAUUCUCGUACGAUGGCACACCCGAUCGGAUAAAGAAAAUUGACAUCAAUAGUAUGAGUGUUUUUACCAAAGGAUCUGACCGACAGUUGCUACCAAGUGUCGUUGUUUUCAAUGGUGAUAAAAAGGAUGAUAACAACAACUCUCAAGAAUUGGAACACGAAUGUUUGGUCGCCACCAAACUAGAUCAUUUGAAUCCAUACUUUGUCUUCGAAACGAGUGAUUUCGUGCACAGGCUUUGCACUAGGCGAAGGGACAAACAGAGGCGCAAGAGUCGUGAUCAACGACGAGAAUCAUUCAAUCGCUUUAGAAAUAUCAAUGGAGAUGCUAUUGUUUACCGCUCAAGGGAAAAAGUGUACGCGGAUGAAGCUGUAGUUGAUUCCACCAAGAUGUUUGAAUCUUUACUCGAGCAAAAGGUAUUAGAUCGACCAAGUGAGAUCUUUCCACGGGAUGCUCGAUCGUGUCCCUCCAAUAAUGUUCUUUUUGAUCCCUUCGAUCAAGUGGUUUCCAGUUCGACCGGGAUGCAUUCAGUUGCUAAUUUUCCUCUGCUGGAGCGAUUCUCGGAAAUCUUCCGUGUCGCAACGUUACAAAGAACGAAAACGAAUACGGCGCAGCGUGAACCCAGUGCGGAUGAAAGACCGGUUAAAUCUGAUCAAAAUAGCAUACUUCUUGUGUUCGUUGGAGUGCUUUUCACUGCCUUGAUUGUCAGUAUUUAUUUUUACUACUUUGAAUUUCGGACAAAUUCGACAAUCCGGUGACCAUUUUUUGUAGAUUUGUGAGUGAGUGUGUACACGUAGCGCGUGUUUAGUUUUUAUGUAAAUUCGAUUCCAUCCACAUGUUCGUGUCAUAGUUUGUAGUAUAAUAUAGAAGGUGUAAUUAUUGCCGUAUUAAUAAGUACAAUCGAAUUUACUAAUUAUACAUUGUGAUAUCAAUAUUAUACAGUUAAUGUGUGUUUAUAUUAAUAAAACUCAACAGUCAGGUCAUGCAAUUAUAUGAUGUAUAUUUAUAAACUUCGGAUACGGUUCCAGGUAACUUGACUAUCGCAAUAUACCAUAGGGCCCUAUUCCAGAAGACGAGACGAGAAAACGAGCGCUCGUCUCGUUUGUUUUCAUAUUUCAGAAGCCGACCUCGACUAAAACAGACGAGUAGUUUAUGGGCCCUAUUCCAGAAAACGAGACGAGGAGACGAGCGCUCGUCUCGUUUGUUUUCAUAUUUCAGAAACCGAGCUCGACUAAAAACAGACGAGUAGCUCGUCUGGUUCGACGACCGUUUGGCCGCGCUCGUCAAUGAAUCAGUCGAAUCGUCUAGUUUGUUUGAUGUGCUUGUUCACCUUGUUGAUUGAAAACAUCGGUAUUCUUCUGCUCCGCCUUUAUCUUCAAAAAUUGUUUCACGGCUAAACUAGUAUUACAUAAGCAAUGUAUGUUUUCAACUGAAACCAUCAAAUUCAAUUCAGUAAUUGCAAGAUUUUACAGAUUUUCAAAUGGGCCUCUUCCAAACAAUACAACCAAAUGUAAACAUUGAACUCAUAUCCAGGGAUGCUAGAUGACUGUUUGAAUAUAUUAACACGGCACGAAAAGGGUCUACAUAUUGAACGAAAAUGAGUAAUUCAAAACUACUACUUUAUCGACCGUGACUGAAGCCGAGACAAGACGAGACGAAUUGCUCGUCUCGUUUUAUGGAAUAGGGCCCUAUGAUUGUCUAACUGACUGUCUAUGUCGACUGAUGAAUCAGUCGAGUCGUCGUCUAGUUUGUUUUGAUGUGUUUGUUCACCUUGUUGACCUGAAGCAUACCUUUACUCUACUUUUAUCUCCAGAAAAUGUUCUACGACUAAACUAGAAUUGCAUAAGCAAUGUAUGUUUUCAACUGCAAUUAUCAAAUUCAAUUCUGUAAUUGGACAGAUUUUCAAAUGGGCCUUUUCCAAACAACACGAUCAAAUGUAAACAUUGAACUCAUAUCCAGAGAUACCAGAUGAGCAUUCAAAAAGCUGUUAACAUGGCACGAAAAAUGUCUUCACAUCAUGUUGAACGAAAAUGAAUAAUUCAAAACCACUAAUUUAUUGGAAAUAAAUGCACAUCGAUUUAAACAUUUUCUUGAUAAAUCGUUGAUUACGUAAACAAACAUUGGCCCAAUAAAUCCAUUAUAACAAAACGUCUGAGUAAUGAAACCAUAUGCUCGAGGAAAAAGUAUCUAUGAAACCAAAAGAUAUAUUAAACUUAUUCCUCUUUGUUAUGAUUUUAGUAUUUUGGCACUGAGAAAAGAGUCUUGAUUGAUUAGUUUAAAAAUGGUUGUUGUUUUUCCUAUAAGAAAAACAUCACAUCUGACAUCACUGAUCGUACCGGAAAAAAAUUACAGAAGUCUUUCCAGUCUAAAGGCAGGUCUAGAGUUCCCGUGAACGUGAAUGUGAACAAACACUUUUUUGUUAAUAAUUCAUCAGCCCAUAUAUAAAACGCGAGGAAAACAUCUUGAAAUGAUAGGAAGAAAUUUUUUCUAGUUGAAAAACAUAAUUAAACACAAUUCAUAUUGAUAAAAAUGGAUUAAUUCAAUAUUUCACAACGAUUCUGAAUUUCCACCGUGGAAUCGAGAUGUUGGUGAAUUCACCGUAGAUCAGUGGUGAAUAUAGACGUCAAAACUGUUCGUCUCGUUUUCUGGAAUAGGGCCCAUAGUUUUUGAAAACUUCUGAAAUAUAUUAUGAAACAUGAAUUUCGAAAAACGCCGAGUAGAAAUUUUACGAAGCUUCUGUUCUUUGCGACCAUGCAUUCUGGGGUGUUGCAACUACAUCCUCAAAAUACAUUUCAUAAAUAUGAAUACUCUAUCCUGAGAAGCAAUAUUCUCAUUUUUUUUAAAUGAAUCCUCCAAAAUAAACCCAACUAACACGGUUAAGGUGAUACCGGGCAUGUUUGUGUGUGCCUUGUUUUUUCUAAGAUCUCCUUGCGUCUACUUCCGUAUGAAGUUUCCUUGACAAUUAAUUAAAUUAAUCUUUUCUUAUUACGUUCAAAUAAUGCAUGCUUUAUAGAAUAACAACGAAAAACAAUGUGACUA